CUGCCCGUGGGCCAAAAGAAGAAGCGGAAGCCCAAACGGAGGAGACAUACGGCAGGGAGAGGAACACCGUUCCCCCACCCCACUCCACCACCGUCUCGCCCUAUCCGUUUCCCUUUCACACUCUCCUCACCUGCAAACUCCUCCCCCUUCUCCUUCCUCCGUAUAAGUCUUUCGCCCCUCGCCGUGUUCGCCUCACAUCCACUCCUCCGCAGUUCGCACCCGCGGAACCCAAGGCAGCAGCAGCAGCAGCCAUGACGCCCUCCGCGCUCGCGAACCUGGCCGGCGCCUCACCGCUGCCCACCUUCGCGCCGAGGCCCAGGUCCAGGCCCAAUUCGGUGAGCCCAGGCCCUGGCCCUGCCCCGGGCGGGCCCGCGCCACGCCGCCUCGCCGUCGCGGCUCCCCCGCGGGCCUUCUUCUCGUCCGCGCCGUACCAGCCGCAGCAGCCGGAGCCAGCGGGCUAUUCGUCGGCCCUCGAGUACGGGCUCGUCCCCAUGGUCGUCGAGACCACCUCCCGCGGGGAGCGGGCCUACGACAUCUUCUCGCGCCUGCUCAAGGAGCGGAUCGUCUGCAUCCACGGGCCCAUCGCCGACGAGACGGCGUCCCUCGUCGUCGCGCAACUGCUCUUCCUCGAGUCCGAGAACCCGCUCAAGCCCAUCAGCCUCUACAUCAACUCCCCGGGGGGAGUCGUCACCGCGGGGCUCGCGAUCUACGACACCAUGCAGUACAUCCGAUGCCCCGUCAACACCAUCUGCAUCGGACAGGCCGCCUCCAUGGGGUCGCUCCUGCUGGCCGCCGGCGCGCGAGGGGAGAGGAGGGCGCUGCCCAACGCCAGGGUCAUGAUCCACCAGCCCUCCGGCGGGGCGCAGGGCCAGGCCACCGACAUCGCCAUCCAGGCCAAGGAGAUCCUCAAGCUGCGCGACCGCCUCAACAAGAUCUACGCCAAGCACACGGGCCAGAACAUCGACAAGAUCGAGCAGUGCAUGGAGCGUGACCUCUUCAUGGACCCUGAGGAGGCGCGCGAAUGGGGGCUUAUAGACGAGGUCAUCGAGAACCGCCCUGCCUCGCUCAUGCCCGAAGGCCUCACUAUUGACCCGCCUCACCACGGUGGCGGCGCCAGCAACAACGGACGUGGCAGGGAGGAGGAGCCCUCAGCGGUAUGAAGGCUGCCCACAAAGGACCUGGAGCUGCGCUCUGAUGUCUCUCGUAACUUAAGAGCAUCACUCAGAAGUCAAUGGGAAACAGACAAGUUCCACGCAGCUCUCUUUUGAUGUUCUCCAGCCUUCCAGGUAUAGAGAACCUAAAGGAUGCCGGAAAAAAUUCUUCAGAUAUUGCUCAGAUAUUGAAAUGGGUGAAAACCCAGGCCAGUCUGUCCAAGCUGGGUCAGGGAUUGAACCUGAUCGAGUGAUAUUUGCAUAUAGUUGACUGAGCCCUUGUUUAGGUCACCCAUAUAACCAUAGUUGGAUGAGAUCAACAUCCUGUAGACCUGAAACUAAUGACUGGCAGCAGAAGGUUCUUUACUCGAGUAUGCCAGCAGAUGGUGAUUUUAUUGACAUUUGAGAAUGCCAGCACUGGCUGUUCCUUUAGGGGUGCAAGAGA